GGAUAAGAGCGUCUGCUAAAUGUAAAAUGUUAUGUAGCCUGGUUUUUAAUGAGGAGUACUAGGACAAUAGGAGGUCACCAACUGAUUUACAUUAUCUUAGUGGUAUAGAUUAUCCAAAUAGAUCCUAUUCAAGUACACACAUUAUUUUAGUCAUCUCUUAGUAAACAUGAUAGGGUUGGAUAUGAAGACUAGAACGUGAACCAGACUAGAGUUAGACACAGUUUGUAGUUGUCCUGCCCCCAUGUCGGUCUGUCUCUCGCUCUCGCUCGCUCGCUCUCUCUGUCUGUCUGUCUGUCUGUCUGUCUAACGUUUGUCACCAUGGGGUGUAGCUUUCUGUGUAGUUGGAUGUAGGUUCAGCCAGUAUUGACUCUGAGCUACAGUAGGGUACUGUGGCCUGGGGAUUUGAAGUGAAUGCCAGAGAGGUAGAGGGGACAGGAAGGACAGGAAGGACAGUGGGCCAGCGGGCGCAGAGCAGAGCGCCUUACAGAUCUGACUAUAAAUAUAAUACAGUCCAGGAAUAAUCAACAGCAAAUGGUCUAGCAGCUAUCAGCACUCAGAGGCUCUCUGCAACCUUCAUACAACAUUUAUGCAAUCUUCAUACAACAUCCCUUAGUUCCAGCUGUUGCAUAGUGACAAGGAAGGCAUGACACGUUGGUUUUGUCAUACUGUAUCAGUUCAUGUUGUUGUGAUGUAUAGUAGAGACUAUUUAAUGCCUGUGAUGAUACAGUAUGUCUGGCUGCCCUUAUCUGCUUCAUCUGACACUUCCAGACAUUGUUGUUAUUUUGGUUAACAUUGGCCUGGGUGUUGAGUGUUGUUCAGGAGCUUUUUAUAGCUCAGAGUAUCGUCCCUGUUACUCUUUGGAGAUCUGAGCUGAAUAUGAAGAAUAGGUCUAUAAUCUGCUCUAUUUAACAAAAAUAUUAGAUUUAAGGAGUUAACAAUGAAUUUGCAUGUUUUUACUACUUUUUAAUUGAUAGCAAUGGACAAUAACAGUAGUGUGUGUCCCACGUGUUGUAGUCUGUGUGUGACUGUCUGUGACAGACUCCCUUGCUGUAGUCUUCUAAUGCUGCUAGGUUUUGCUGGUGACAGUCAGUACCAUGGUGUCUGUCAGUUUAGCCUGUUUCACAGCCUGCCAACCCAUUCUGUCUGGAUUAAGGCUAUCUGGGACACCAUUGUCUGCUGGAGCGUCUUCACUACCUCAGAUAUACAGGCCUUAUGUAUGCAGCUGUUGAACAAAUGGAUUGGAAACACGCCUGCUCACAUAAACUGAGAUGUUCCAUUCCAUUCUCACAACUCAGUCACUUCUUACUGUGAUUCUGGUGAAGUUAUCGUCGUGACUGUUGGAGAUUUUCUUAGGAGCUUUACAGUGAUGAGCUGUAAAAGUCUUUGGAUGGGAGUUUGGUGGACAUCUGGAUCAGCUGAGGGAAGGAGUAAAUCCCAUGGCAGGAAGUGCUGAUGUGUGUAACAGUACUGAUCUUCCAGAGGUGGAGAUCAUCAGUCUACUGCAGGAGCAGCUACCCCACUACAAGCUGAGAGCAGACACCAUCUACGGGUAUGACCACGACGACUGGCUCCACACCCCUCUCCUCUCCCCCGAUACCAACCUGGACCUAACCGUCGAGCAGAUCGAGGAGACUCUGAAGUAUUUCCUUCUAUGUGCUGAAAGAGUGGGCCAGAUGACUAAGACAUACAGUGACAUAGAUGCUGUUACACGUCUGCUUGAAGAGAAAGAACGGGACUUGGAGCUCGCCGCCCGCAUCGGCCAGUCACUGCUGAAGAAGAACAAAACCCUCAGUGAGAGAAAUGAAUUCCUGGAGGAGCAAGUGGAGCACAUUCGAGAAGAGGUUUCUCAGCUGCGCCAUGAUCUGUCUAUGAAAGAUGAGCUUCUCCAGUUCUACACUAGUGCAGCAGAGGAGAGUGAAGGAGAUUCGUCCACCUCUACCCCCAUCCGCCACAAUGACUCCACACUGUUGGUGCCAAGUUACUUCCCCCUGGACUCACUGCAGAAGAAACUCAAAGACCUGGAGGCAGAGAACAUAUCUCUUAGAUCAGAGGCCAGUCACCUGGAGACGGAGACAGAGGAGUACGAGGAGAAGGAACAGCAGCUGGUCAACGACGUCGUCAAAGAGCUGAGAGAUGCCAACCACCAGAUGUCCACCCUGGCGGAGGAGCUGGCGAGGAAGACGGAUGACGCAUCUCGCCAGCAGGAGGAGAUCACACACCUCCUGUCCCAGAUCGUAGACCUGCAGAAGAAGUCCAAGUCUUAUGCAGUGGAAAACGAGGAGCUCACCCAGCAUCUAGGAGCUGCCAAAGAUGCCCAGCGCCAGCUCACUGCUGAGCUGAGGGAGUUGGAGGAUAAAUAUGCAGAGUGUAUGGAGAUGCUCCAUGAGGCCCAGGAAGAGCUGAAGAACCUCCGGAAUAAAUCACUGCCUCUCAGUACACCCCGACGCUUCCACUCCCUGGGCCUGUUCCCUAUGGUGUCAGAUGUUAACAGCAUAGUUUAUGCCGACGGGGACUCUCUAGCUGCUGAGAUUGAGGGCACCAUGAGGAAGGAGCUGGCUAUGGAUGACCCGGAAGUGGAAGAGCAGAAGUUGCACCCCAAGCGUGUGUUUGAGACCGUGAAAAACGUUAACCUGAUGCGUCAGCACUCCUCUCUGGCCCCGUCUCCCAUGAACAUCCCCGGCUCCAACCGGUCGUCCUGUCUGAACUCGGGCCACUCCAGCUGCCUGUCCACGCCCCACUCCAGCCUGUACGGAGGAGAUAUGGGGAGCAUCCUCAGAGACAACCGCAGCAACAGCUUCAUACUGGAGACGCCUGACCACAGUGUGGAUGACUCCAACAAGAAACCAGGGACCCCUGGAACGCCGGGCUCUCAGGAUCUGGAAGCAGCCCUCCGACGUCUCUCCCUGCGGCGGGACAACUACCUGAGCGAGCGCCGCUUCUUCGAGGAGGAGAGGGAUCGGAAGCUCCAGGGGCUGGUGGAGAAGGGAGAGGUGUACAGCGGCAGUAUGACCCCCACAGAGAGCAUCAUGUCCCUGGGAGGAACCCACUCCUCUUCCGUCUGGUCUGGGUACUCCUUCAGCUCCCGCUCCUACCUGCCGGAGAAGCUGCAGAUCGUCAAGCCACUGGAAGGCUCGGCCACCCUGCACCAGUGGCAGCAGCUGGCCCAGCCCAACCUGGGUGGGAUCCUGGACACGCGGCCUGGUGUGGUCACCAAGGGCUUCCGUCCUCUGGAACUAGACCUGGAGCACAUCUACCAGUUCACUGACUUUGAGGAGGAGGACUUUGAGGUAGUGGAGGACUCAGACGACCUGUCUGUCCACAACCUCUCUACCUCAGGCUCUACCUCAGACUGUAGUGGCAUCGCCAUCCUCAGCCGGCAGGGCCUCCGUACCCGCUCCACCUCCUGCUCCUCCACCUGCAGCGGCAGAGCCAUCAACAACAACCUUCCAGAGGGUGGGGUUGGAGGUGAUGGAGAAGCCAAGGAAGAGGGCGAGACAUUGGGCCCAGGCAGCACACCACUGUUGUCGCCCGCACCUCCAGACAGCGAGAAGCAGGAGAACCAGGAUCAGGCUGCAGCCGCUGACGGGUUGUCCGCCCACUACCCUGGUAAAUGUAUGUCCAACACCAGCUCCACCUAUACCUUCACCACCUGUCGGAUCAUGCACCCCUCAGACGAGCUGACCAGAGUCACCCCCAGCCUUAUGUCGGGCCCUACUGCCUCCUGCGUCAUGACCAGCAGCAACAGCGUCAGAUCCACCCCCUGCUCCACCCCCUGCACCCCGCGCCGCCUCAGCCUGGCGGCCGAGUCCUUCACCAACCUGAGAGACUCCACCAAGACCAUGAGCACUAGUGGAGGUCUGGUGCGGCUCCUCCAUGAGCGAGGCAUCUCUGCAGCAGUCUACAACCCUCAGAGCUGGGACCGGGCAGACUGUAGCACCUCCAUCCCCACUGGGGGGGCACCGUUGCUCCUACCGCCUCGGCCCCCCGAUACCCUACCCUCCACGCCGCCCAACUCCCCAACCCACCACUCCCUCCGCUCCAAACCCAGCGGCCCCUUCGACCUCAGCCCCAGUGCCCCGCCCUAUGACAACUUCCUGGCGUCAAAGCCGGCCAGCUCCAUCCUGAAGGAGGUGAGGGCGGAGGCCCGGAGCAGUGAGUCAGCGGACAGCGAGUGUCAGAUUGACGUCAGCGUCCACAACCUGAAGCUGGUGGACAAGCUGAAGCGCUUCAGCGUGGCUGGGGCCGGCCCCUCUUUAUCAGGGGCCACGGGGCCCACCAUGCUGGGGCCCCUCAGCGGCCUCCACUGCCCUUCCCACUUCGGCCCCUCUGUGGUGGCCAGUCCAAUAGGGGGCCUCGGCCCCGCUCUGAACGCAGGCAUCCGCCGCAACCGCAGCUACCCAGCCAUGGUAGGGGCCGGCAUGGCGAUGAAGGGCCCGGGGCCCCACAGCCCCACAGACAUGCUCCUGGCUUCUUCCUCCAAGCUCCCCAGACAGACUAGUCUCAAUGAUGAGUGAAUGAAGGUUUCCUUUUCUCUUCUGUAUGUCACAUGUCAGAUGAGUUGAAUGUGUAUAUAUAUAGCUGCUGUAUGAGGCCCCCGUUUCCGUGACAAAUCAACUCUGUGCCUGAAAGAGAUGCCCUUUCUUUGUACAGUUUAUUUUGUAUCAAUGAUAAUUAUUUUGUCUUCCGUUAUCUCUCUUUUUCUUUCUCUCUCUCUUCUGCUUCUCUUUCUCUCUCUCUCUUCUGCUUCUUUCUCUCUCUCUUCUG